AUGCGCAACUGCCCUCAGGCGACAGUGCUGUUUGCGUGCCUGGGCUCCUCCGCCACCUCGUCCAUGCUAUCCUUUGUCGGCGGCAUGCCGGGAACACUGCCGAGCGGUCGUUGUCGGCUGCCUCGCGCCUUGCGCGAGUUCUCCCGCACCAGCAGAUUCGUGAAUGAUCGACAUAGCGGCGGCGUCAACGGCUGGUAUUCUACUGACGGUGGCAACGCAAAGUGCGAGCAGCGUGGGCGCCGAAAUCAGCGUCCCCUCUCUGCUCUUGCAUCCUCGGGCCACCGACGACGAGGGCCGGUGAUUCCUUGCAACUGGGGCGGGGCUUGUACGGCACCGAUUGUCGCGCCGCCAGCGCGGGGGAGCACGUGGGCGGCUCGCCGAGGGCCCGGCGACUUUUCUUCCAGCACCGAGAUGAAGGCCGCCAAAGAUGACACCGCCACCAGAAGACGGACGACGCCGGAAGAUAAGCCCACCAUGAGCAGCGCUGCCAUAGUCGCCGGAACUCGCGUGCGCUUGCUUGACACCGGCCGCCUCGGCACCGUGGUGGGGAAAGCCGGAGGCUGGUGGAAAGUAGACCUGCUGGAGAGUGGGGGAGGAGGAGGAGGCGGCGGGACAGCCUGCGGAAAGGCAGUGGGAACGGAGGCUGAUGCUGCCUUGAGACCAAGUGGUCCCGUGUCGACUCGAAGGAUGAACAUGGAGCCUCUCGGCAACGCGUACGCGUUGCCGUCCACAGCGGCGGAGACAUCGGCGGGGACAUCGGCGGCGGUGGAGGCAGCAGUGGGUGCGGCGGCGGCUUCUCCAGCAGCCAAAGCGCCAGCGGCAAAGCGACGACGUUCCGCCUUGGCCAAGAGGAAUGGGAAAACCAAGGAGGUGGCUGCGACUCCUGGAUCGGCCGCCGCCACGGCCGUUGCCGGCACAGGAAGCAAGGCUGUCGCAAGAGGGAAAGGAACAAAGGCGGGAGGGAAAACGACGAGGGGGUCGACCGGCGUUGUGCCACCAUCGCUGGCGGGGCGAACGAUUUCGCUGCAAGCGUCCCCGCCGUCGGCGACGGCAGCAUUAGCAGAGAAAGCCAGCGAGACGGCCACGGCCGCUGUUUUCAACAUGAGCGCCGACGGUUUGGCGCACGUUACGAUGAAGGAAUGGCUGGUGUUCUCGGACCUGCAUGUGUCUCCAGCCUCGCUCGCCGUUUCUUUGGAGGUGCUUGAUCGCGUGAACGAGGAGGCGAUGAAGCGCUCGGCUUGCGGGAUCGCGUUUCUGGGCGACUUUUGGCACGCCAGAGGUUCUCUUAAGGUGGACCUUCUGGUUCCGGUGAUGGAACGCCUGGCGACGUGGACGCGGCCGGUAGUGAUGAUCCCCGGCAACCAUGACCAGGUCACCCUCGGCGGCGGGAUGCACGCCCUUACCCCGCUGCAGUUCGCCUUCACCGAUCCGAUGCAGGCGCUGGUUCUGUCGGAGCCAACCCUCUUCCUCGGCGCUCUCUGGAUACCCCACCGGAGAAACAACACCGAGAUGGAAGGCCUCCUGGGUAGCGAGGAGGCCCGUGGCGCGAGGGCGAUAUUCUGCCACGUGGACAUCAAGGGAGCGGCCAUGAACGGCGACGUCUCGUCACACUCCGGCAUUCCGAGGUCGGCCUUCCCGCCGAACGUGCCGGCGUUCUCGGGACACGUCCACAAGCCCCACACGCUCGGCGGGCGAGACGGCUUCAUCCGCUACGUCGGCUCCCCGUACCAGACCGCCCUGUCGGAGUCUGGGCAAUCGAAGGCGCUCAUCGUACUGGACGCCGAAACCUGGGAAGAGAAAGAGCUCGUCCCGCUCGACAUUGGCAGGCGUUUUUUCAGGAUCAAGGGGGAAGAGCAGCCACUCCCCAAGGUUGGCGAGGAGAUGGUGGAGGUCGAGAUCCGUGAGAAGCCUCGACCCUUCCCGCCGUUGAAACCGUUCCUCGGAGGAAACGGCGGAACGAGUGUCGGGCUUGCGGCCGGCGGGAACGGAACGACUGGCAUGGCCGCUGCCGCGUUCGUCGCCGGUGCUGACGGCGCCAACAGCUUCCCGGUGGACUCGGCCGGUCUGUCGCCUGAUGUGCUGUUCGGUGCCUACUUGGAGAGGGAGAGGGAGGGCGGCGGCAGAAACGUCUCGAAAGAGGCAAGACCUAAGCACGCCAUGCAGAGAAGAAACGAUGAAACGAUGAAACAGGAAAAUAUGGGCAUGGUAGAAGAGUUGGGGUUCAGCCUCAUCAAAGGCCUCGGGCAGCAGGCAGCAUCGAAGAUCACGUAUCCCCUUGACGAGCGAGGCGUUGUCCUGCUUCGAGGGAGUAAUCUGGACGACUCUGGAGCAGACAGCAACGGCGCGGGGAAAACGACGCUGGCUAUGUCCGCUCUCUGGGCCCUGGCGGGCGUUGUCGAUGCCAGGCCCGUGUCCGACGGCCGCGUGGCCGACGUGGUCCACGAGGUGACCCGCGCUCUGUCGCCGGCCUCCUCGGCAUCUUCCGCCAUCGCCAUCGGCGGAAAGGAAGAAGGCUCGCGGCGGUCGGCGGUGGCGGAGGUGACCCUCACGGCCACUCUCAACGGGAAACCCCUUUGGCUGAAGCGGCGGAAGGGGGCGCGGGUGAACCAGCUGUUCCUCAAGCACGACGGGAAGGACUUGACCUGCCAGAUAGCAAAAGAGACGCAGGUGGUUCUAGAGGAGGAGCUCGGGCUGUCCUCGCACGUACUAGGGCGCGGCAUCUUUCAGGGGCAGCACCACCUCAACGGCCUGCUGGAGAGCACGGACGCUCAGCUCAAGGAAGACCUGGCGCUUCUGGCCGUUACUCGGCGAGAGGACCUGGUGAGGCUGACGGAAGAGCUGCAGCGCGCGCGAAGAGAAGCCGCCGCCGCCGCCGCCGCCACCUCGCGAGCGCCCCCAGCAUCAGCGUCGGCGGGCGAGUCCGAUGCACCGAUUGUGGACGUAGCGGAAGGGAAGCAGCCCAGCAAGACCUCCGCUGCUGCUUCCGACGGGGUCAAUUCUAGAGAAGGGAAACUUCGACACAGCAAGGAACCCGCUGCGGGGGCGGCGGACGUAGACACGACAUUAGCAGCGUUGGAAGAGGAAGAGGCCGCGGGCGGGGCGAGCGGGCAGGCGAGGUUGAACGCCAGGCGGGCGCGGGACGACGCCGAGGUUGCCGAGGAGGCGCUAAGGCUGCUGAGGCUGGAGGUGGAAGAGCUUGCGCGGGGCUGGACCGACCAGAGGAUGAGGUUGCUGGGUGAGUUGAAGAGACAGGGGUUGUGGGGAAGGGAUGGCAGGAUGGAAAACGAUGUCAUUGAAACCAACGGCGAGGCUAAAGCGGCACAAGAGCGCAUCUCCUUCCUCCGCCGGGACGUGCAGCGUAGCGAGGCGGCACUGGCGGACUCGGAACGCGCGGAGCUCGGGGUGAAGGAGAAACUGGUCCUGCUGCGAAAAAGGGACCCUGAUCUGUGGGGUGCGUUUCUGGGCGGUCGUGGUGGUGACGGUCGUGGUGAUGACGCUGCCGGAAGGCGGGCAUUGAAUCGUAGCGGCAGAGUAGGUCGAGAAUUACCUCGAGAGAAAGGAGUGGCUGCCGCCGAGCUCGCCAGCAUCAACAGAUCAGGCGGGGAGAGCCCGGACCAGGUCGCAGCAGCGGCGGCGCUUGCGGCGUCUCGCGAGGUGGAGCGUGCGGAGGAGCUCGCCUCGUCCUCGCGAGCCUCUCUCGCGGACGCACAGGCCACCCUCAGGCACGCGGCCGAGGCUGUCCAGGCGCACGCGGGUCUCGAAGUGGUCGGCAAGGGUGCCUGCCACACGUGCGGACAGCCCGUUUCGCCCAACAUCAUCCACGAGCGCGGGGAGAUCCUCCGGGUGUCCCAGACAGUCGCCGAGGCGAAGCUGGCCAGGUCUCAGAGGGAGGCGACGGUCGCUCGCCGGUCGCUAGAGCUGGCUCGGGAUAAGGCCGAUCUGGUGGGCGAGCUACGGCGCUUGGAGAGGGAGCAGCGGGAGGCCCUCGGGCGGAAGAAGGAGAGCGGGGAGGAAGCAAGGGCACGGCGAGACGAGCUCCGGCGAGCGAAGCAUGCGGCUACCGCGGCGGAAUCUAAGAUGGAGGAGCAGUCUCGAAGGGAGGCGGCUCUGCGGCGGGAGUGGGAGGGCAAGACCAAGGCGGCGGAGUGGGCUCUCAAAGCGCUCCGAGAUAAGCAGACGUUUGCUCAGCACGAGCUAGCGGAGGCGGUUGCACGGGAGGCAGAGCUGCAGCUACGGUCUCAAGCGGAGCAGGCCGAACAAGAGCGGCUGUUGCAAGCGAAGGAGGUGGCCUUGUCGCGGGUCCGCGAGAUCGAGACGCAGGCGGAAAGGCUUCGAAAGGAGCUGUCCGAGGUGGAGGAGAAGGAGAAAGACGCCUCCGCCCUUAAGGCCACCAGCACCGCCCUUGCUGAGCACCUCGGCAUGCGAGGCGUCCAAAACUUUGUCUUCCGGGAUGCCGUGAACCAGCUGGAGGCAAACGUUGCCAGGUACCUCGACGCGCUGUCGGACGGUGCCCUGCAGCUCCGCCUGUCCAUGGAGGGCGACCGGGUCGUGAAGAGGGCCAGCGUCAGAGCCGCCGACGGCCGCUUCCGCGACCGUUCCCUGUCGCAGCUGUCCGGGGGCCAGUGGAGGCGGGCGAGCCUGGCCCUGGAGCUGGCCUUCAUCGAGCUGGCGCGGCAGAGGGGGCGGUUCUCGUGCAACCUCUUGGUCCUCGACGAGGUGCUGAGCCAGCUCGAUUCGUACGGCAGGGAGCGGGUGGCAAGCAUGCUUAGAGCCCUGACUCACGGGCGGCACGCGGGCAAAGAAUCCAACUUCGGGCCCACGCACGCCAUGUAUUCGACCAUCCUCGUCAUACUACAGGAUCUUCCCUCGGAGGAACUACAGGAAUCAUUUGACGCCAUCGACCAGGUGGUCAAGCACCGGGACAGCUCCUCGGUUGUUGUAGGUCCUCGGCUACAAUGACGACGGGUGUCGCUAAAGUACGUUCCAAGUUUUUCUCACGCGGUUUUUGUAGCACCUUUUUUCGAAGCAGACGCCAGCAUUGCCUUUUAUGGAUUGCGAGGUACUGUACACCAGUAGACCGGCGAGGUUGACCGAGGCAAUCGAGGUGUACAGAAUUUCGGGAACCGGAUGGUACAUGCUUUGGAACGAUUUACGCCAACAAGAGAGCCCCCAUUCGCGGCGAUACCUCUUUCUCCGGUCGUCGUGACAAGCCCCUCCUUUUACGAUCUACAUGCUACUGCUGUGGUCUGUAGAACGACUACUGUGUGUUGUAGACGGUCGACUCAGGGCCGGACAGGGCUGUUUCUCCUUGCAAUAUUGUUCUGUGUGCUGCGUUGCGACACCAGUCUCGCAGAACGCGCGAUUGUUACGUGGUCGGUCAUGUGCACGACAACUGACGAACUUGCCGACAGGGAUAAGGACGGGUGGUGGGUUGUAGUUAGGGCGGUUUUGUUAGUGGGUCAAGACGGGUUAUGAGAAGAGAGGAGGAACGUCGUAUACCUGCUCCGUGUUGGUGACUUAAACGUGUAAAUAUGUACUUUGAUGUUGCUUAUGUUCUCCCCGCAGUUUUUGUGAUGGUUAUAGUUCAUUUUUGGCAACAAGAGUUUUCGCCGCUUGCGCGAGGGAGGUACGGAAUCCUUCGGGCGACCAUGAUGGGUUUGAGCGACGCCGAUGGUUGCGAUGGAAAAAAUAGGGACAGAACACCCACCGGCUUGGGCAGUACAUCCUCUUUGGCUAAUAUUUGUGUGUGUUGUGUCUUGCUUCUUACCACGUGGUCAGAGGGGAUCCCGUACGUAACAGAUGAAGGC